AUGUAUAAUUGGGCUGAAAAGCUGUGUGAUCUUGAACGAAUACACGGAUAAGGGAUAAAUGAACAGUGCAAUGUGGGUGAAACCGGGGGCUGGUUAAAGAUUAGGUUGUCGAAGAGUGAAAGUGCACAGAGCAUUAUACGAGCAAAACCAAAAGCAAAUUUGCGUGACACAAAGAAAGGGUGACCCAUCGUCUAUUUGUACCCACCGGGGCAAGCAGAGUGACCCAUUUCUCUUGUGGGCCCUCCUCUAUCAACCUUUAUAAGUGUUAUAUGACUCAUUGAGAAGUGACUCUAAAAAUAAAAAACAAAAAAAAGCAUGGCUCAUCAAUUUGCUCCCUUGCAUGCCUUCCUAACCCCCCUUGCUCCUCUUCUUCCAAGCUCCACAUAAAACUUCUCUCUCGACUUGACUUGCCUCAAUAUUUUGUUUUUGUUCCCACAUAUAUCAUUUUCCGAAAGCAAUCUUGUUUCCCACAAAAUUCAAACCUUAGUUUGUAAUGUUACCAGGAACUAGCUUAUUCUGUUGGACUCAAAUCUAGUUGAUUACAUAAAUCUUAAUCUACAACAUUGUGAGAGACUAGCUUAUUCUGUCUCAACUUCAGUUAAGUUGAUUUUCUCAAUCUUUCAUGUCUUGCUUGUUUACACUCCUAAACAUUUCAACCAUAGUUCCAAACUACGGUACACAACUAAAGCAGUGACGGCAUCGUAACCCCAAUUUAAAACCUCUUACAAUGAGAGUUUCCACCCAGAAUAAUUCCGAGACGGAGAGUAGUUCUACCUCAUUCUUACCACCAUCACCAUCACCAUCACCGUCGUCACCACCGUCAUCCGAAUUCAAGACGGAGAAACGCAACCGCGAGUCGAACAAGCACCCCGUGUACCGAGGGGUGCGCAUGCGGAACUGGGGAAAAUGGGUGUCCGAAAUCCGCGAGCCCCGGAAGAAAUCGCGGAUAUGGCUGGGCACAUUCCCCACGCCGGAAAUGGCGGCGAGGGCGCAUGACGUGGCAGCACUAAGCAUAAAGGGGAACAGCGCCAUUCUCAACUUCCCCGAACUCGCGGCCUCGCUCCCUCGUCCGGUGUCCUUGGCUCCCCGCGAUGUCCAGGCCGCGGCAGCCAAGGCGGCCCACAUGGACCUGCCUUCUACUUCAUCUUCCAUUUCAUCGUCUUUGGUUCCAACUACUCAGUCCGCGUCCUCGUCAUCUUCUUCUCUAUCGUCGUUGACUUCCGCUGACUUGUUGCCCACUGCCUCCGAAGAACUGAGCGAGAUCAUCAAGUUGCCGAGGCUGGAAACAACGAGUUACGAGCUGGGGAACGAGUUUGUGUUCAUGGACUCGCAGGACGCGUGGAUGUAUCAGCCACCGAUACCGUGGUUGCAUACUACCUACGACGGUUCUGAUGCAGAUGAGUUUGUAGUGCCAGAGAGUGGGGUUGUGACUAGUUUUGAGAGUUUUCUGUGGGACUACUGAGAUUUCUUUUCUUUUCUUUUCUCUGUUUCUGUUUCUGUUUCUGUUUUUUUUCCUUUUAUGGAUGCUUUUGUGAUUUGACAAAAUUUAAGUGGAGUAUUUCCAAGUGUUUUGGUGCUGGUGGUUUUUAAUUAAAAUUAGAGUUUUAUCAUAAUGAUUAUUAGUGAUAAAACUCAAGUUUUGAUUAAAGAUUCACAUCAAAACUACUGCAUAAAAAUACUUUGCCUAAAUUUUGUUCGUUAGUACGUUCUUUAUUAUUUAUAAUGUAGCUUACUAUUGUUUUCUUUCUUUUCUUCUUUUUUUCUUAUUUUGGCUUUGUGUUCUAAGCCCUUUGUGGUUUUUUGUUGAGGGGUUUGACACUGCUUUCUUUGUUUGAUUAUCGGGUUUUUGUCUACUCUGUUUGUUUGCUGUGUAUUCGAUAUAUGUUUUUCUUCUGAAUUUAAUCCUAAAUGUUUAAUUACUGAGGACAAUGGUCACAAAUUUUCCUGUUUUGGCACAAAA